CAAAGGAGAGGGCAUCAAAUCUCGGGGAACAAUGCAGCCUGCAGCGUCGUGGGGCGGGGGGACGACGGGGGUGGCACCCACCCUCGAGCCUUUACGCAGGGCGAGGAGGCCUUGCUCGGCUGCAGCCAGGCUAGGCUCUCCAAGAAGGUCUGCCUAUGCUUUACGUGGCAAAGACAGGAUCGCAGUUCUCUGGGCUCAGCGGCGCGUCUCCCACAGCAGCCAGGCUUUCUUCUCCUGAUCUAUAGUCCCACUCCAAGAGUCCUGGAGCGCCCGGCUGCUUCCCCCGCAAGCCUCAGGCUGGCAUCUGGGAAGUGGAAGGGGGGACUAGCUCAGCGAUCCUCCCAAUCGGAGGACACGGGUGCCUGGGGAUUUGGAGUUCCGUGAAGUAGCCGCUAACCCCGGGCUCCCGAAACCCCUUGGCUCCAGGAUCCUUGCCUACUGGAGCAGCCUAGCUCAGUCCUGGGGUGCAGAGGAGCACGCCGAGACAACCCGGACCUCCUCUGGGCGCCAGCUCCUCGGCUCCAACCCGUCCAGAAUCAAGCGGGAUUUUUUUUCCCCCUCUAGAAAUUGGCUUUGGUGUGUCGCCCGCCCUCUCCCCUCCUCCUUGCAACUCCUCCCCUCCUUUUUUUUUUUUUUUUUUUUCCUCCUCCUUCUUCUUCCUGAGACAUGGCCCGGGCAGUGGCUCCUGGAAGAGGAACAAGUGUGGGAAAAGGGAGAGGAAAUCGGAGCUAAAUGACAGGAUGCAGGCGACUUGAGACACAAAAAGAGACGCGCUUCUCGCGGAUUCAGGCAUUGCCUCGCCGCUAGCCUUCCCCGCCAAGACCCGCUGAGGAUUUUAUGGCUCUUAGGCGGACUUAAGAGCGUUUUCGGAUUGUUAAGAUUCCGGCUUGCUAGGCUUUCGUCCGCGCAAUCGUGUUCUCCCGCAGCUGCCUUGGGACUGGCUCGGCGAAGGAGGAUGGAGAGGGGGCUGCAGUUGCUGUGCGCCGCACUCGCCCUUGCCCUCGCCCCGGCCGGCGCUUUCCGCAGCGAUAAAUGUGGCGGGACUAUAAAAAUUGAAAACCCGGGGUACCUUACAUCUCCCGGUUACCCGCAUUCUUAUCACCCAAGUGAGAAGUGUGAAUGGCUGAUCCAAGCUCCGGAGCCCUACCAGAGAAUCAUGAUCAACUUUAAUCCUCACUUCGAUUUGGAGGACAGAGACUGCAAGUAUGACUACGUGGAGGUGAUUGAUGGAGAGAAUGAUAGCGGUCGCCUGUGGGGCAAGUUCUGUGGGAAGAUCGCACCUUCUCCUGUGGUGUCUACAGGGCCCUUCCUCUUCAUCAAAUUUGUCUCUGACUAUGAGACUCACGGGGCAGGGUUUUCCAUCCGUUAUGAAAUCUUCAAGCGAGGUCCCGAAUGUUCUCAGAACUAUACAGCACCUAGUGGAGUGAUAAAGUCCCCUGGGUUCCCUGAAAAAUACCCCAACGGCUUGGAGUGUACCUACAUCAUCUUUGCACCGAAGAUGUCUGAGAUUAUCCUGGAGUUUGAAAGUUUUGACCUGGAGCAAGACUCCAAUCCUCCUGGAGGAAUGUUCUGUCGCUACGACCGGCUAGAGAUCUGGGAUGGAUUCCCUGAAGUUGGCCCUCACAUUGGGCGCUACUGUGGGCAGAAAACCCCUGGUCGGAUCCGCUCCUCUUCGGGCAUUCUAUCCAUGGUCUUCUACACGGACAGUGCAAUAGCAAAGGAAGGUUUCUCAGCCAACUACAGUGUGCUGCAGAGCAGCAUCUCUGAAGAUUUCAAGUGUAUGGAGGCUCUGGGCAUGGAAUCUGGAGAGAUCCACUCUGACCAAAUCACAGCAUCCUCACAGUAUGGCACCAACUGGUCUGUCGAGCGUUCCCGCCUGAACUACCCUGAAAAUGGCUGGACUCCAGGGCAGGACUCCUAUCGGGAGUGGAUCCAGGUGGACUUGGGUCUCCUGCGGUACGUCACUGCUGUCGGGACACAGGGUGCCAUUUCCAAGGAAACCAAGAAGAAAUAUUACGUCAAGACUUACCGAGUAGACAUCAGCUCCAAUGGAGAGGACUGGAUCACCCUGAAAGAGGGAAAUAAGGCCAUGAUCUUUCAGGGAAACACCAACCCCACAGAUGUUGUCUUGGGAGUUUUCCCCAAACCCCUGAUAACUCGGUUUGUCCGGAUCAAACCUGCGUCCUGGGAAACUGGCAUAUCUAUGAGAUUUGAAGUUUAUGGCUGCAAGAUAACAGAUUAUCCUUGCUCUGGAAUGCUGGGCAUGGUGUCUGGACUUAUUUCAGACUCCCAGAUUACAGCAUCCAACCAAGGAGACAGAAACUGGAUGCCAGAAAACAUCCGCCUGGUGACCAGUCGCUCUGGCUGGGCACUGCCACCCUCACCCCACCCGUACAUCAAUGAGUGGCUCCAAGUGGACUUGGGGGAUGAGAAGAUAGUGAGGGGUGUCAUCAUUCAGGGUGGGAAACACCGAGAGAACAAGGUGUUCAUGAAGAAGUUCAAGAUCGCCUAUAGUAACAACGGCUCCGACUGGAAAACCAUCAUGGAUGACAGCAAGCGCAAGGCCAAGUCUUUCGAAGGUAACAACAACUAUGACACCCCUGAGCUGCGGACGUUCUCUCCUCUCUCCACGCGCUUCAUCAGGAUCUACCCUGAGAGAGCCACACACAGCGGGCUUGGCCUAAGGAUGGAGCUUCUGGGCUGUGAAGUGGAAGCGCCCACAGCUGGACCAACCACGCCUAAUGGGAACCCAGUGGACGAGUGUGACGAUGACCAGGCCAACUGCCACAGCGGCACAGGUGAUGACUUCCAGCUCACAGGAGGCACCACUGUCCUGGCCACAGAGAAGCCAACCAUUGUAGACAGCACCAUCCAACCAGAGUUCCCGACCUAUGGUUUUAACUGCGAGUUUGGCUGGGGCUCUCACAAGACCUUCUGCCACUGGGAACAUGACAGCCAUGCGCAGCUCAAGUGGAGCGUGCUGACCAGCAAGACGGGCCCCAUUCAGGACCAUACAGGAGAUGGCAACUUCAUCUAUUCCCAAGCUGAUGAAAAUCAGAAGGGCAAAGUGGCCCGCCUGGUGAGCCCCGUGGUCUAUUCCCAGAGCUCUGCCCACUGCAUGACCUUCUGGUAUCACAUGUCUGGCUCUCAUGUCGGUACCCUGAGGGUCAAACUGCGCUACCAGAAGCCAGAGGAGUAUGAUCAGCUGGUCUGGAUGGUGGUCGGACACCAAGGAGACCACUGGAAAGAAGGACGUGUCUUGCUGCACAAAUCUCUGAAACUAUAUCAGGUGAUCUUUGAAGGUGAAAUCGGGAAAGGAAACCUGGGUGGGAUCGCUGUGGAUGACAUCAGUAUUAACAACCACAUUUCUCAGGAGGACUGUGCAAAACCAACAGACCUAGAUAAAAAGAACACAGAAAUUAAAAUUGAUGAAACAGGGAGCACCCCAGGAUAUGAAGGGGAAGAUGAUAGCGACAAGAACAUCUCCAGGAAGCCAGGCAACGUGCUUAAGACCCUGGACCCCAUCCUCAUCACCAUCAUCGCCAUGAGUGCCCUGGGGGUACUCCUGGGUGCCGUCUGUGGAGUUGUUCUGUAUUGUGCCUGUUGGCACAAUGGGAUGUCGGAAAGAAACCUGUCUGCCCUGGAGAACUAUAACUUUGAACUUGUGGAUGGCGUGAAGUUGAAAAAAGACAAACUGAACCCACAGAGCAAUUACUCAGAGGCAUGAAGGCGUGGAGCUGGAGGGAGAACCGGAGGACUGAGGUGGGAGGACAGUGGAGGUGCGGGGACUCUGUUGCUCUGCUCUCACUGUAAGCUGGGAAGGGCGUCUGUGACGUCACGCCAGGCUUUUCUCAGGAGCUUCAAUGAGCGUCACCUACAGACGCAAGCAGGUGACUGGUAACAACCGGAAUCAUGUACAGCCCGCUUUCUUGGUUUCGUUUGGAUAACCAGAAGCCAGUUAAGACCAAGUGUGACUGACUUCAUGGUUCAUCCUCUUUGUCCUCUUUUUCCUCUCUCUCCUUACCCUGUGAUGGAGUCUUCUCGGAAACUGCAAAAUCCAAGAUGCUGGCACCAGGCGUUGUUCAGUGGGCCCUUUUGAUGGAUACGUGACCUGUAGCCCAGUGCCCAGAGCAUAUCAGCAUAACCACGUUUCAGGGGAUGCCAACAUCCACCUUUGCAUCGCUACCCACAGCGAGCACAAGGGGGGGAAAAGAAUUAGACUGUUUUGUCUGCAAAGUACUGUGGCCUCAGUACCCAUAUCGCGUGUCAGCUCUGUUUACCAAGCAAUACCGACAGAUUUUCUUGAUGUUUUACAGUGUUGUACCGACUCUCGUGUUUGUGACCUCCAUUCAGAAUACCAUACCAUGCAGCCACCAAACUGCUGGCACCCAGGUGUCCCGCUGACGACCACCACAAGUCUUCGGCACUGGCUAGUCUUCGUCCUCUCAAGUGCCUUUUUGUUUGUACUGGUUCCUUGUGUCCCGUGGAUGACCCACUCUGUUUCUGGUGAAAACCCUUCUCUUCAAUCAGACCUGGUGGCCCACUGACUAAGAAGAAAGUAUAUUUUAGCAUGCUACGCCAACCCCGGGAAGGCAAGGGCUCUGAAGACCUGGCAGCGUGGCUUACUCAUUCUGCUUUUUUCUGAAGUUCAAUGUCAUGUCUCUUGACCCUUUGUAUAAAGCUGCAACGUUCUCUCUCACUGUUCUUUCCAAUGGAAUGUAUUUUCAGAUGUAAACUCUUGGCUCUUUCUCUCCUCCCUCCGUCCUUUCUUCCUCUCUUAGAAUCGAAGCAUUUGCCACUGUCCAGAAUGAACCUUGCAGCUUUAACCUGCUGGCGAUGGCGAACAAUUUUACUAGACUUUAUGUUUUAAGAUAAUUAAGUAAGGGGAAUUCCUAACUUUGUCCCCCAAAGUCUAACUUUGGGUUUCUUGUUAACUGGUUAAAGUGACAGUAUCUUUUUUCCUGAAGCCAUGUGCCCGUCCAUUCUGAUUAGAUUGAUAUUUGACAGGAAUAUUUUCGCCUCACGGAAGUCUUAAGUUGAAAGAGAAAAGAAUACAAACUGGCCUCCAGAUGAGCCCCACAGGAAACACUGAAUAAAGUCCCCGAGUCUAAAAGGACGUGACAAUUUUACAUCCAAAUAUACAAAUGACCUGAGAACCUUCCAGCUUUGUUGUUGGGUCGGAGGAGGGGAGUGAAAGGAACAGCUCAUUUAAGAAAUAAACAAGAAACCUGGUGCCUGAGGCAAGGCUAUUUUAAGACCAGGCAGAAGGGGUGCAUAAAGUCAAAACAAUAGCCAUUCAGCAGAAACCCUGAAAAAAAAUAAAUUUUAAUGAAUGCUUUUAGAAACUUCCCAAUGGCUCAUAAAGAGAAAAGGCUUACCUUAGAGCUGGCAAGGCGUACCCCUCCACAGCACAAAGAGGUAGAUAUCUUAACCAAAAGCAGCUUCCAGCUGGUGGACUCUGUCUUGCUGAGCUGUAUGUAAGAACUCUGGCCUCGACCUUCCGCGUGUGGCUACAGGUCUCAGUUAUGUUUCUUGGAGAUCAUGUUUGCUUCCUGGACGAAGGGUCCAUUCACCUUGGUUUAAUGGGAUUGCGAAUGUCUUUUUUCCAGGAAAGUAUUGAUCACUUUAAAAAAAAAUUUAAAAGACUAUGUUUCCAUUCCCAGGGGCAUCUAGUCCCUUGUUACAAUCAUACUGGGAGGAAAGCAUUAAGUGAGAGUUUGUUUCUAAGGCAACAGACUCGACCCCUGUCCUCAGCCAAGGAAAAAUGAUACUGCAACUUUAAAUUUUAAAGUACCUUGCACUGAUAAAUAUAUUUAAAAGUUAUAUGUUUAUAAAGUUAUUAAUUUGUAAAGGCAGUGUUACAAAAUGUUCAGUUUAUAUUGUUUUAGAUUGUUUCGUAAUUUUUAAAGGUGUAAAAUAACAUAUUUUUUCUUUAUUGAAAUCUAUAAGACUUUCUGUAGUAAGAUGUCUCAUUUUCUGGUAUAUUAUUGCUUCAUGUUUUGUACCCUCAUAAAAUUUUGUGCAAAUUUUUUUUACAGAAAUUUUUAUUUUCUAUGAUGAUAUGUAUGACACUUGUAAAUUGUUGUUUCAAAAUGAACAGCGAAGCCUUAACUUGAAAUGACAUUUGUAUUCUCUGAGUAGCAUAAAAAACCACCUAGAAUGAACUGUAACUUAAGCUCCAAACUACACAUUCCAAAGAAGCAGUUGAAUUAAACAUUUUCAUAGAAAUCCCAAACCUGAUGGCUGUUAUUCCAUUAGCUCUGUUCUUGUUAAAGAUGUUGGGGGUCAGCCCAAUGUCCAGUACCUUCCAAGAUUGAAGUUAUCUUUUCGAAAAAAUCUCGUAUUGGGAGAGAGCAAGCAGACCCCUCCUUCCAAGAGCAAGAAUCUGAAACCAGGGGUGAGCAAGGCAGAAUUGGCCUCUAAGUGGACAUUUUUUUUCUCACCCAAAUUAUAUUGGUUUGUACAUCCACGUGGUGAAGUUGGUUUUAUGAUACUAACAGAUUACUGUUGGUGACUCUUGCUUCUGUAGGAAACAGGUAAAUUUACAUACUGAUUAUAUACUAAAUUUAGGGAAAGGGGAAAACUGAGUAUAUAUAGUGUUACAACUGUCUUUUUAGUAAGCCUCGGGGAAAUGCCCAUUUCUUUGGGGACCAAAGCAAUAGGAAAGAAAUGACUGAUACACACCCAAGAAAGGACAAAAAAAAAAAAGUAUUGAGUCAAAACACGUUAAAUAGAUCCUUUAAAAAGGUUGUCACAGCUGGGUGUUGGUGCUGCACGCCUUUAACCCCAGCACUUGGGAGGCAGAGGCAGGUGGAUCUCUGUGAGUUCGAGGCCAGCCUGGGCUACCAAGUGAGUUCCAAGAAAGGCGCAAAGCUACACAGAGAAACCCUGUCUCGAAAAACCAUUAAAAAAAAAAAAAAGCUUAUCACAGCAGAGCAGGCAGACCCCAAGCCCCACUCUGCAGGAGAGGGGUUACUUCUUUGCCUACCUCCAGGAGUAGAAAAGCUCAGUCCAGAGAGCACUGGGACAUGGGGUCUCACCACUGCUGCUGCUGCUGCUGCUCUGGGCAGAGAGUCAAGUUUCUCCACUUCCUGCUUUCCUGGAUCCUGAAACCAUCUCCUAGGACUUAUCCAAGAAUACAGAAAGCUUCCUACUGUGUGUGUUUUUAGGUCUUUGCCUAGGAAGGAGAUAAAACCAUACUCAUUUUACUAAGGUUAAAUUCUACUGACAUCCAGGAACAGUUCCAGAAAACAUGAUGCGUGCAAGCAAACUGUUUAGCAGAAUGCAUCUGGAUAUAGUUUAUUUAUUUUACUUUUUUUGUUUGGUUGUUUGGGCUUUUUUGUUCUGUUUUGGUUUUGAGGUAGGGGCUCAUGUAGUCCAGGCUAGCCUCACACUCACUAUGUAGCCUUGAACUUCUGAUCCUCCUGCCUCUACCUCUGGGGUGAUGAGAGGUGUAUGCCAAAUUUAUACGGGGCUAAAGAUGGAACACAGGACUCCAUGCAUGCUUGGCAAGCACUCUGCCAACUGAGUCGAAGCCCCAGCCCCCUAGACAUAGUUUCAGAGCCACGCAAGGACCAUAGGCUUACCGUCUCUAUGUUCUCUGAGGCUUUCAACGUGGCAGCUUCUCGCUUCUUUCUUCUCCCUGGUUGAUAGUUUAGCUAAGCAUUUCUUUUUGUUUAAUCUGAUAAAUCAUUGUCUAAUACUUCCCAAAUCUAUGGAUUAAAAUGUCACGAGGAUUGAAACAU